AUGCACCACAAAUAGUUUCAAUUCUUUGGAUAUCAUUAUCAUUUUUAGCAUAAUAGCUUGUAUAUUUUGGCGGUUAGUUCUCCUGAGCUUUUUUUUUGUAGUGUUUUCUUAUUUGCUUUUAUGUCUUGGUUAUUAAACCUGAUAGAAAAAGAUUUUACUCAUUCAAAACUGUAAGCCUUUAUUUGCGAAUCUCAUACAGUUAAUGAAUCUAACUCAGCCUUUUCUCUUCUUUCUUAAUUUCUACUGCCAAUCUUUCCAUGUCUUAUAUUAAGACAGUUGAAAACUCUUGAUAAAUUUCACACUCUUUUUAUAAGUUACGAAGAAAUUAGUUCAUACCUAUCUUAUUUUCCAAAUUGCGCAAUUUUAUAUUAUAGUCUUUUAUUUUUUACUAGGCAUUCAAAAAAGCUUUUAGCAUAGCUUGAUAUCUCUUAUCAAGCACUGCCUUCAUAUGAUCAAAGGUUUAUCCUAUUUUAUCUGGAAGAAAAGAUAUCGACUACUCUAGUCCAACUAAAUUUUUGA